AUUGUCAGCACUGAUAUCGCAGCAUCGGUCGAAAAUAUUUACUACGCGCCGGGAGAUGCGUGGCGAUGAUGCACGCGUGUCGAGUCGGAUAACCACGAUCGUUCAGUUUUCACUUCGAUACGCGAGACGAGUUCGCGAAUGAGUUCCCACAUACAUAGCGACGCUAGAGGAGCGUAGUUUUUUCGUUAGCCCCCCGUGUUCCGGAUGUCGGACGCCGUGUGGUGAACGACAGGUGAAGAACACUGGUCGCCUCGCGUGAACAGCGACGAGCAGCAUCUUCGGCGGAUCCAAGCGUAAUCGGGAGCGCGCGCGGAGUGGCCUCUCUCUCUCGAGCAUAAAUGGCACUGCUAUUCACCAGCAUGUGGGACUCGACAUUGCUCCUGAACACCCUAACCCCAAAGUUCUACGUCGCCCUCACCGGCACGUCAUCCCUCAUCUCCGGCCUGAUUCUCAUCUUCGAGUGGUGGUACUUCAGGAAGUAUGGCACCUCGUUCAUCGAGCAGGUGUCGCUCAAUCACAUCUCGCCGUGGAUCGGCGGCGGUGACAGCAAUAACGACGGCAAUGGUACGAGCCUCAGCGGGGGCUCCGGAGGCUCCUCGAGUCACCAAAAUGUGCCCGAGUGUAAGGUCUGGCGCAAUCCGAUCAAUCUUUUUAGGGGUGCGGAGUAUCAGAGGUUUUUCUGGGCCACCAACAAGGAGCCUCUCACAUACUACGACAUGAACUUGUCUGCACAGGAUCAUCAGACGUUCUUCACCUGCGAAGGUGACACCGGUAAAGCAGAGUACGAGAUCAUGCAAACAGCAUGGAGAGAGCGUAAUCCAAUGAUGAGAAUACAAGCUGCACACAAUGCUCUCGAUCGUAAUCCCGAUUGUGCACCAGCUUAUAUUCUUCUUGCCGAGGAAGAGGCCACCACCAUCGUCGAGGCGGAGAAGAUUCUCAAGCAAGCACUGAAGGUAGCUGAGAACAAUUACAGAAAGUCGCAAAAUACCCAACAUCAAGGUUCCAUAGCCGAGGCGAUACACAGGAGGGAUACAAAUGUGUUGAUUUACAUAAAACGAAGACUGGCGAUGUGCGCGAGGAAAUUGGGGAAGCUCAAGGAGGCGGUGAAGAUGUUUCGCGAUCUCACGAAGGAGGUGCCCCCGAUCAUGAAUGUGCUGAAUAUUCACGAGAACUUGAUCGAAACCCUGCUAGAGAUGCAGGCGUACGCGGACGUGCAGGCUGUGCUAGCCAAAUACGACGACAUAAGCCUGCCGAAAUCGGCAACCAUCUGCUACACAGCAGCGCUGCUGAAGGCACGCCUGGUGGCGGACAAGUUCUCGCCCGACAUUGCCAGCAAGCGCGGUCUGACCACAGCCGAAAUGUCGGCGGUGGAAGCGAUCCAUCGGGCAGUGGAAUUCAAUCCUCAUGUACCCAAGUAUCUCCUUGAGAUGAAACCGCUCAUCCUCCCGCCCGAGCACGUGCUAAAGCGCGGUGACUCCGAAGCGAUUGCAUACGCGUUCUUCCAUCUGGCACAUUGGAAGCAGAUCGAGGGUGCCCUGAAUCUGCUUCACUGUACCUGGGAGGGCACGUUUAGGAUGUUGCCCUAUCCGCUCGAGCGUGGGCAUUUGUUCUACCCGUAUCCGACGUGCACCGAAUGCGCCGACCGGGAACUCCUGCCAUCGUUUCACGACGUCAGCGUCUACCCGAAGAAGGAAUUACCUUUUUUCAUCCUCUUCACCGCCGGUUUGUGCUCGUUCACCGCGUUACUAGCACUGCUGACUCACCAGUACCCGGACACCAUGGGCGUAGUCGCCCGUUCGAUGCUCGCCUGGUUCUCUCAUCCGUUUUAUUACCUUCUUGACAAGCUAGCUAUCUUGCCCUCUAACUUAUUACAACAGCUCUCUAGAAUAUAAGGCUGUAUUUCCAUAUGAUCUCCAUUAACUUAAGACUUAUUGUGAUACUUGCGAUAUACUUAUUGCUUUCUACCGUCUUAGGCGUAUGUUAGGUAUGCGUGUAAAAAUUCUAAUUUACAAUUUUAUCGUGACUGAUACCAUAAUGAUAUCUCGUAGCGAUGAUUGUGUUUAUGUGCCGUUAAGUUUAAUUUUUUGAAACAAUAUAAUAGUAACAAGAAUUUUCGAUGGUAUCAUUUUUGUUACAUAUUAUAUGCAUAAUAUAUUGUAUAAUAGAUAUUAUAUAAUAUACAUAUACAUAUUUUAUAUGUAUAUAUAUUAUAUAUUAUUAUAUUAUAUAUGAUGCAUUAUUAAACAAUCGCUCUAUCACGAUUACUGAUAAGCGAUUACAAAUUUAUGCGAGAUGACAGUUGUGGGUGCUAAAUAAAUUCUCUUUGUUUUAUCGCA